GCAACCCUCUCUCUCUCUCUCUCUCUCUCUUCGCGUGUUUUCUGAAAAUCGCCAUUAGACUCGGUCUCAUCGCUCUCUCUCUUCUGGAGGGGACCUUUUUCUAUCAAAGCGCUUUAUUACCCUCUUUGCCCGGACUGUAUUUCCAUUCUUUGUUUAGGGUUUUUCCCUUUCCUUGAAUUAAGGUUUGAGACACUAACCCUCCAAAACCCGUCAUCUCAUCUUCAUUACUCUCUCUCUCUCUCUCUCUCUCUCUCGCUCUUAAUCUCUCUGUGACAGAGAAGAACAUCAUUUCUCUUCGUUGGAUUUGGACGUUGGAUCCUUAACUUGAUGACGACUUCUGUGAGGAACAACUUCUUACCCCCUUCACUGGUUUCUAAUCUUCGAGAGGUUCUAAUUAAUAGAAAGGGCGACGAAGAAGAACCCUCCAAGAAGCCUGAUGAAUCAACCGAAGCUCCUUCUUCUUUUUCUUCAUCUUUGGAUGCCGUUGAUGCCACGGAUUGCUCUAAACCCAUUGUUCUGGUGACCAAUGGGGAUGGAAUUGAAGCCCCCGGUCUUCUCUUCCUUGUCGAAGCUCUUGUCCGAGAAGGCCAAUGUAGUGUUCACGUCUGCGCUCCUCAAUCGGAUAAAUCCGUUUCGGGUCACUCGGUCACGCUUCGUGAGACGCUUGCUGUAAGUUCGGCUGAAAUUGGCGGGGCCACAGCAUAUGAAGUUUCUGGAACUCCUGUGGAUUGUGUCUCUUUAUCUCUGUCGGGUGCAUUGUUUUCUUGGUCAAAGCCAGCGCUGGUCAUCAGUGGAAUUAACAGGGGUUCAAGUUGUGGUCAUCAAAUCUUCUACUCAGGUGCUGUUUCCGGUGCAAGGGAAGCUUUGAUCUGUGGUAUACCAUCUCUCUCGAUAUCAUUGAACUGGAAGAAAGAUGAAAGCCAUGAAAGUGAUUUCAAAGAUGCAGUUGAUGUGUGCUUACCAUUGAUAAAUGCAGCCAUAAGAGAUAUUGAGAAAGGACUAUUCCCCAAAAGUCGCUUACUGAAUAUAGAGAUUCCCACUUCUCCCUUGACAAACAAGGGCUUCAAAGUCACCAAACAGAGUCUAUGGAGGUCCACUCCAAGUUGGCUAGCUGUCUCAGCAAACAGACAUCCAUCUGCUGGGCAUUUCAUGUCCAAUCAACAGAGUCUUGGCAUCCAGCUUGCUCAGCUCAGCCGAGAUGCGUCUGCAGCUGGUGCAGCACGCCGCAUGAGCACACAAAGAAAGAAUGUGGAAGUUGAAUCAGUUGGCGUUGCUGGAAAAUCGGAUUCCCAACGAGUGAAGAAGUAUUUCCGUCUAGAGUUUUUGGAGAAAGAGCAAGAAGAAGAAAUGGAUGACGAUCUUGAUUUCCGAGCACUUGAAAAUGGCUUUGUUGCAAUUACUCCUCUAUCUUUAUCAUCAAAUGUUGCACCAGAUACUCAGUCAUCUGCUUGUGAAUGGAUUGCUGCCAUUGUUGCCGGAGACCAAUAAGGUUUCUUGGAUUGACAUGGUUGGUAAUUCGGUGUACAUUUGGAAGUGGGGUUAUUUUUUUCCUUUUAAGUUAUCAAUUUAGUGUUCAAAUUUAUUCUGAUUUCUGCUGUCCCUCCCUUUGCCUCCCUCCCCAUCUGUUCGUUCAUCUUGCAUGCGUUUGAAGCUUGUACUUCUUCUUGUACUUCUUCGCUGUUUACUUACAUGUUGGGUAUGAUGUAAAAUCUCCUGUUGGUGGUCAUCUUUGUCUUUUUUUCCUGAUACUGACAAUUGUGUGGUUCAGUAUGAAACAAUUGUGGUGUUCCUGUUUUAGUUCUGAUGAGGUGAGUUGGUUUGUUUGUAGCUUUUGAUGAAUACUGUAACAGGGUCUACAUUUUUUCUUCCACCAUCCCCUCCCCCAAUACUGGGUUUUGCCUCAAUAGGGGUUUUUUUUUAUUGACAUUUAUGUUGUAUUUUAUUUUGUUUUUUACUGGAAAGCAAGAAGGAAAUAUUUUAUUUGUACUUAA